AGUUAUGUCCUUGGCAUAAGAAUCUACCGAGAUAGAUCAAGAAAGUUAAUAGGUCUGAAUCAAAGUACAUAUAUAGAUAAAAUCCUUGAUCGAUUUAGCAUGUCUAACUCAAAGAAAGGAUCUUUACCUAUGACACCUGGCACGGUUCUUUCCAAGAGCCAGAGUCCUUCUACUCCCGAGCAGAAGGAACUCAUGAUGAAGGGAAGUCCAGGAGAAGCACACUGGACAGCGGUCAAGAACAUCCUCAAGUAUCUUCGCAAUACUAAGGAUGCAUUCCUGGUAUACGGUGGUGAGGAAGAGCUAAAAGUGGUCGGUUACAUUGAUGCUAGCUUCCAAACCGACAGAGAUGAUUCAAAAUCACAAGCAGGAUAUUUGUUUUACCUAAAUGGCGGAGCUUUUAGCUGGAAGAGCUUCAAGGAGGAUACAACCGCUGAUUCGACUACAGCUGAGUACAUAGCUGCCGCCGAGGCAGCUAAAGAAGUUGUUUGGAUCAAGAAGUUCAUUACUGAACUUAGAGUGGUUCCUAGUAUUAAUAACCCUAUCUCAUUGUUUUGCGACAACACUGGGGCCAUUGCACAGGCAAAGGAACCGCGUUCUCACCAGAAAACCAAACAUAUUGUACGAUGCUAUCACAUCAUACGAGAAAUUGUAGACAGAGGAGAUGUGAUGAUUUGCAAAGUAGAUACAGACGAAAACAUAGCCGAUCCUUUGACCAAGCCUUUAGGAAAGCUAAAGCAUAAGGGUCACACUAGGUCCAUGGGUAUUCGACCGAUGCCAGAUUGGCCAUAGUGCAAGUGGGAGAUUGUCGGAGUUGUGCCCUGAUGGCCAACUGUUUAUCAUUAUUCUAUUAUGUAUAGGCAGAUAUAAUAUGUUUACACAUCUCAUGCUAAUGUAAACAAAUAUUAUAUUCCUAGAUUUAUAUUUAAAGAUGUUUAUCAGAUAGUGUUAUUCUGCUGAUGAGACUAACAUCUUGAAAUAAAUAUUUAUCUAAAUG